AGGUACUUAAUAUAUACAAACCUUAUUAGGUAGUGGGAAGCCCUCAUGAAGCUCCUACAUCAAGCAACGAUGACACCAGCCAUCCUUCAAUAAGUGAACCUCAACCUACUGUUUCUUUACAAGAUGUGUCGACACAUGCUAUUUUUCAUCAGGAAGGAAGUGAUGUGACAUCAAGUUGUAAUGCAACAAAUGAUCAACAACCUGUGACGAUAAACAACCCAGAGGAUGUUCAUCUUUACCAGCAAACACAACAUUUUCACCAGCAAACACAAAACAAACUCCAUCUUACACAACAUGUGCAUCACUACCACCACCAACAAACGAUGCAAAUUCUGCAGUCACAAUCUACAAACAGGCAACAAAUACCAUUCCAUGUACUUAACCCAGCACAACAGCAUCGUCAGCACAUUCACCGCCAACAAGGACCACAGACUUCCCAUGCUUAUACACUUGCUGGAAAACUUGAACAGAUAAUGCGAAAAAAAAUUCUUCAAUUCUACGGAGAAGUCAUCUUGCCACCGGGUGUUUUAGUUCCAGGCUGUUCCAUUGAGCCUGUACCUCUUCAAUUGGCUGCAGCUCGCCAAAUAGCAGAUAAUGAAUGGGAGCAACAUAAAAAUCAACGACAAAAACUGCAUCAAAUGUACAUACCACAAGGUUCCAUUCGGAUUGAAGAUUUGUUUAAGAAGGCUGAACAAGUUGCACAGAAGGAAGCAAAGUACAAAUGCAAGAAUCGGGAAGCCGAGUCAGAGUAUAUUAAAAAAUUCGGUAAUAUUGUUUCUGUGAUUGGACUACCUGGGAUUGGCAAAAGCACGCUUACAAAGAUGAUUGCCAAAUGUAUUGUUGAAGAUAAAACAAUGAAACCAGAUACACAGUUUGUGUUUCCAAUCUCACUGAAGAACUUUAACCCUGAUGAAAAAAUUACCCUGUUGCAAUUCCUUCUACAUGACAACUUGAGUGAGUGGAAUCGUUCUAAUAAAGAGAACAAAGCUUUGCUUCAAUUUCUGUACAACAGUUCAAAUGUUGUUCUGUUGAUUGAUGGGUUGGAUGAACUAAAUAUAACUCAAGCCAACAAAAGGGUCCAUAUUUGUCAACUGAAUAGCAAGCAAGUACCAGAGGUUUUUGUCAAGAAUUUGUUGAUGGGCAAUCUUCUACCUAACGCUGUAAAAGUUAUCACAUCAAGACCAGGUCAGUUUUACGAGCUUCACCCUGAUUAUCGACAAGGUUUGGUUUCUGAGGUGCAAGGUAUGGAUAAACCUGCAAAGAAGGAUCUUACUAAACAGAUCUGUGGUAAAGCCAAUCUUGAAACUGUGGAUAAACUAUUGGCAGAGCGUCCAAACUUAGAUGCCCUUUGCUAUGUACCAAUCCAUUGUAUUCACAUUGUAGCUUGUCUCCAUUCAAGUGUGUCAUCCGGUCGUGAGAUCAACUCAAUGACUCAGGUGUUCCUCUUUACUCUCACUAACUACAAAGCUUCAGAUCAUGUAAGAACAAGCAUGUCAGAACGGGAAAUUGGGCAAGAACUGGUAAAACUUGCUCACCUUGCAUACAAAGGGCUCACCGAAAGAAAGUUGGUGUUUCAGCAAGCCGACUUUGAAGAAGUGGGAAUCAACGAACAAACUGUUGAUAUAUUUCUGCACACCUAUGUUGAAAAGUCCCAUCAUUUAAAAAUGAGAAUCUUGGAAGGAAAGAAACGAAGUUACUUCAUCCAUCUUAUCUGGCAAGAGAUUUUCGCAGCAGUGCAUCUAAUGCUGUUCAUACCACAAGAAGAUUUCCGCAGAUGUAUGAAGACUUUCGAAGAUCCACAUUGGGAAGUCGUGACUCGAUUUAUGUUCGGUAUUUGUAACUCCACUUCAUGCAAAGAUCUAAAAGUCAUUUUCCCAGCUUUGAUGAUUAAAGAUUAUAAGGAGAAAAAGGAGAUUCUCAUGUCUUUAAUUCCACGUCAAAUUAAGACUCACAAAAAUUAUUUCAGCCACCAAAUCAAAGAUAUGGUCAGAUACGCAGGUUGGAUCCAUGAAGCAAACGAUGCAGAAAUAUUCAAAAGAUUUGAAGAGAGUAUGCCUAAGGUUAUACAUAUUUCAGUUCCUAGGUUUCUUACAGAAGUUUCUGAUGUUGUUUUUGCUUUGAACACAUUCACAACUCCUCAUUCUCUCAUUGUCAAUAUUUCUGAAACAGAUGGGUCAGCAGGGGAAUCAUUUCUUAGAGGAAUACAUGGAAGUCAGGCAAAGAUCAAAGUGUUAGAUAUAAAGGCUGUAAAGAUAACAGACUCGUUCACACAAGCCCUUCUUCCUCAUCUUGAUGUGAUGGAUAAGCUUGACUUGGAUGAGAAUAGACUUUCUAUGCAAAAUCUUCUCAUCUUACAUGAAGCUGUUCAAAGACUAAGAAACCCAAAAGGUUUGGCAGUGAAUAACAUCAACGGUGAUCAUUGGUCAAAGUAUUGGCAAGUGAAUAGGUAUCAAACAGAUGAUGAUGUAAUGCAAAUUUUACGACUUCCACCUAGUAAAAUCAAAACAUUAGAUAUCCACUUAUCAAGAAUGCAGGAUUCAACGACACAAGCCCUUCUCCCUCAUCUUGAUGUGAUGGAUAAGCUUGACUUGGAUGAGGAAAAACUUUCUCUACAAAAUCGUAUCAUCUUACAUGAAGCUGUUGAACGACUAACAAACCCAAAAGAUUUGAGAGUUAAUGACAUCAAUGGUGAUCAAUGGUCGAAGGAUUGGAGGUGUUGGAAAUCGAAAGAGAAAAUAACAGUGAAGGGUUUGACAAUGAAAUACAUCUAUGGUGAUCAAAUAAAGGCUUUAUAUGAAGAAUAUGAAUAUCAACCAGAUGAUGAUGUAAUGCAAAUCUUGCAAUUUCCACUUGGCAAGAUCAAAAAACUAAAUAUCGAAGAUGUAAAGAUGACAGAUUCAAUGACACAAGCCCUUCUUCCUCAUCUCGAUGUGAUGGAUAAGCUUGACUUGGAUGAGAGAAAACUUUCCGUGGAAAAUCUGAUCGUCUUGCAUGAAGCUGUUAAACAACUAGCAAAUCCCAAAGGUUUGACAGUGAACGACAUCAAUGGUGAUCGAUGGUCAAAGUAUUGGAAAUUUUCUUAUGAUCAACCAGAUAAUGAUGUAAUGCAAAUCUUACAACUUUCACCUGGAAAAAUCCGUGUGUUGGAUGCAACAAAUGUUGAGAUGACAAAUUCAAUGACACAAGCCCUUCUUCCUCAUCUUAAUGUGAUGGAUGAGCUUUACUUGAAUGAGAAGGAACUUUCUGCACAAAGUCGUAUCAUCCUACAUGAAGCUGUUGAACGACUAACAAACCCACAAGGUUUGACAGUAAAUAACAGCACUGGUGAUCAAUGGUCAGCAAGUUGGAAAGCAUAUAGACACCGACCAUAUGAUGAUGUACUGCAAAUCUUACAACUUCCACCUGGGAAAAUUAAAAGAUUAGAUCUCAUGCAUGUAAAGAUGACAGAUUCAAUGACACAAGCCCUUCUUCCCCAUCUUGUUUUUAUGGACGAGUUAAGUUUAAAUGAGAAGAAACUUUCCUUCCAAAAUCGUAUCAUCCUACAUGAAGCUGUUGAACAACUAACAAACCCACAAGUUAGUGUGUUUUAUUUCGAAAUUGUAAUUUUAUAUAGGUUUGACGUGGCUAAAUUUUAUAAAAACGAUUAUAUAAAUUAAUUCCAAACUAUGACCAUUGUCGCCUGAGGUGCAGUGCAGGUGCCCGCCUCCACCUGCUGUACUAGAACUCUUACUGCUAACAAUGCUC